AUGGAAAACCAGACCGUAAGUGAACUGAACCAAACACAGCUUCAGCCAAGAGCAGUGGUGGCCCUAGAAUACCAAGUGGUCACCAUCUUGCUUGUGCUCAUUAUCUGUGGUUUGGGCAUCGUGGGCAACAUCAUGGUAGUCCUGGUGGUCAUGAGAACCAAGCACAUGAGGACCCCCACAAACUGCUACCUGGUGAGUCUGGCCGUAGCCGAUCUCAUGGUGUUGGUGGCUGCAGGCCUCCCCAACAUAACAGACAGUAUCUAUGGCUCCUGGGUCUACGGCUAUGUUGGAUGCCUCUGCAUCACUUACCUCCAGUACCUGGGCAUUAAUGCAUCCUCUUGUUCAAUCACAGCCUUUACCAUUGAGAGGUACAUAGCCAUCUGUCACCCCAUCAAAGCCCAGUUUCUCUGCACAUUUUCCAGAGCCAAAAAGAUCAUCAUCUUUGUCUGGGCUUUCACAUCCAUUUACUGUAUGCUCUGGUUCUUCUUGCUGGAUCUCAAUAUUAGCACUUACAAAGAUGCUAUUGUGGUGUCCUGUGGCUACAAGAUCUCCAGGAAUUACUACUCACCUAUUUACCUAAUGGACUUUGGUGUCUUUUAUGUUGUGCCAAUGAUACUGGCCACCGUCCUCUAUGGAUUCAUAGCUAGGAUCCUGUUCUUAAAUCCCAUUCCUUCAGAUCCUAAAGAAAAUUCUAAGACAUGGAAAAAUGACUCAACCCAUCAGAACAAGAAUUUGAAUUCAAAGACCUCUAAUAGAUGUUUCAACAGCACAGUAUCUUCAAGGAAGCAGGUCACCAAGAUGCUGGCAGUGGUUGUAAUUCUGUUUGCCCUUUUAUGGAUGCCCUACAGGACUCUUGUGGUUGUCAACUCAUUUCUCUCCAGCCCUUUCCAAGAAAAUUGGUUCUUGCUCUUUUGCAGAAUUUGCAUUUAUCUCAACAGUGCCAUCAACCCGGUGAUUUACAAUCUCAUGUCCCAGAAAUUCCGUGCCGCCUUCAGAAAGCUCUGCAACUGCAAGCAGAAGCCGGUAGAGAAACCCGCUAACUACAGUGUGGCCCUAAAUUACAGUGUCAUCAAGGAGUCAGAUCAUUUCAGCACAGAGCUUGAUGACAUCACUGUCACUGACACUUAUUUAUCUGCCACAAAAGUAUCUUUUGAUGAUACCUGCUUGGCUUCUGAAAUAACCUUUAGCCAAAGCUGAUUUAUGAAUGAGAAGAAAAUGGACCACAAAGUGAAUGAGAAUCUGUGCCGUUAUCAACCCAAGAGGAAACAGCCAGUACUUGUACCUGGAAACAGAGCAGAGAAAGUCUUUAGUAUUGCUCUAAUAAAUCCUGGCCCAAGA